AUGAGGCUGACUGAGGUAUUGAGCUGUCCUCGUUCCACGCUCACUCGAGGUGGUAUACUCCUGAACAAGAUCUCCCCUAUCGUUGGUGUUUUCUCGGGAACUAUAAGGGUUUUGCAGGAAGUCGUUGCCACGGUACCUCCUCAACAAGGGCCGCCAUUGCCUCAAGAGCACCAUAUCUCCCAAGAAGAAUUACAAAGGCUGCUCGAUAUACCACUGAUGAGUGGUGUGUCAGAAAGCUAUAUUCAACAAACCAACCAAGAUCUAGCGCACGCCUUCAGAUCUAAGCAGCAGUUUGAAAUAGCAGGCCAAGAGUUGCCCGAACUUAUCACAAAAUCUUCACAGUUUAGACAAUGGCUAGUCAACCCAGUAUCUAGAGAGCUUCUCAUCCAUGGGAAUGGAUUAUCCGAGCCGACAUCUCCUCUUACUUUCUUCUGCUCCCUGUUGAUCAAGAAUUUGAUCAGUAUGGACCGCUUCCGUACCGUCUUCUUCUUCUGCGGAUCUCAUACACGAUCAUACGACCCCUAUUCCGGAGGCAUUUCAAUGAUCAAGAGCUUUCUCGCGCAAUUACUUUCACAGGACCAGUUCGAUUUGAAAUUCCUAAGUCUUGAUGACAUCGAGCAGAUUAAGGCAAACAAUCUUAACGCGCUCCGAUGGCUUUUCAAGACUCUAGUGCAAGAUUUGGAAAGAGAAGUAACCUUGUUCUGUAUCAUUGAUGGCAUAGAUUUUUACUGUGAUCAUCGUGGCCCUCAUUUCAAAGAUAUGGAACUGGUGGUGGAUUCUUGUUUAGAGCUUCGAGAGGCGACCGAUAUGCGAGCGAUCUCUAAGCUGCUUAUAUCUUGCUCUUCAAGUACAGAGCUUAGCAAAUAUAUAAAGGGCGACUGCUUUUUGAAUUUGACUCCAGGGGAACGAACAGGUGUCGAAUUCAGCUCAUCGCGAUUUGAAAGAGAAUUCGGCAACGAAUUUUCAGAAAGAUAUCAUUGA